AUGCUUUCCCGCAUCACACCCAGGGCGCGCUUCUCCAGGCUAACGCUCAGGGCACUCGGUCGCGCAAGGUUUCUGACUCGCAAUUCAAAUCCAUCGCCAGCUGGGCCCAAUGCGCUGCGAGCCGCUGUUGCCACUUCCGGCGUGUCCUUGGCCGCAUAUCUUCUACUAUCCGGCAACGACCCGCGCGUAUUCGCGGACGCCGCACAGGACGACAGGGCCGCUCAGGACGAGUCUCUGCCAGAGCUUGCGCGUUCGUAUCUCGUCUACACGAUAUGUUCGUUCCCGUGGCUCGUAGACCUUGCCCCGUCUGCCCUGAGCGCCUUGACCUCAACGCCUGGUCUCAAACAGCUUACGGAGGCUGUGGUCAAGAAGACAUUCUUUGCACAGUUUGUGGGAGGAGAGUCAUCAACAGACUGCCUGCCGGUCUUAGAACGACUGCGGUCGAACAACAAGGGAGCUUUGUUUGUCUACAGUGCCGAAGUCGAUGAGGAAGAGGCUGCUGGGAUGGUCACUACCGACGGCAAGGAAAAGCUGGCCCCACAUCGUGAAGUUGUGCAAGAGGUUCUGCGAGCUAUCACGACCGCUGCCGACUUCGAGGACUCGCGUGUGUCUCCGACGACACCGAACGCUCGUCGCACUUGGGUUGCUGUUAAACUCACUGCGAUGGUUCCCAAUCACGAGACCUUGAUCAAGCUAUCUAAAUACCUUGUUGAUGUCGCUCAGACCCGGCCACACGAUCCACCAGUCGCAUUUCCGGGAUGCCCUCGGAAGGGUGAUCUAGAUAUUCUCCGUACUCCCCAGGUUCCCGCCUCCUACUUGUCUGAUAGCGAUGUAUUGGACCUCAUUGAGCUUUAUCGGAACUUGAGGACAAUAUGUGCUCACGCCCAGUCCCGUGGCAUUCGCCUCACGCUGGAUGCCGAGCACACUUGGUAUCAGCCUGCAGUGGACGCAAUGGGUGUCGAGCUUAUGAGGGAGUUCAACAAACUACCGGACUCCGCUUCUGCAGUACGAACUGCACCCGUGCCCCUUGUGUACGGGACGUUCCAGGCGUACCUUUGUCGCACGCCCGAGUUUUUGGCACAGUCACUCAAGGAUGCGAAGGCCGGGAACUAUACUCUAGGCGUCAAACUUGUCCGCGGUGCUUAUCACGAGCAGGAGAACAACGUUCACGCCAUUGCGCGGUCCUCCCAGGGAGAAGCACCAGUCAAAAGGGUCUCUCCAUCCAUUUCUCGGGACUCACUCUCUCCCAUCUGGCCAUCUAAAGAAGCGACAGAUGCGUGCUAUGCGCUCUGUACGCGAUUAGUUCUGGACCAGAUACGUGAGGAUAUUCGGGGAUCAAGUUCCCAAGUUGGGCUCAUGGGAUGGCUGUCAUAUCUCUGGGGACAAAGCAAUGGCAGAUUACCGACAGUCGCAGUGCUUUUCGGGACUCACAACUGGGAUAGUUGCCGUCUGGUUCUACAGCGACUCGCAGACUCGGGACUGGCACGGCCCGUCGCUUACAUCGCUUCGGAGAAUCAGCCUGAGGGUUAUGGACUCCCUGAUGAGCCUGUACUCUCCAUCGCUGAUGAUGUUGCCGACCGAGUCACCCUUUCUCAGCUGUACGGGAUGAGUGAUACGCUUACGGAUUACAUAUCCUCGCGUACACGCACUUCAUCCCCUAUAGUCUUGAAGUAUCUACCUUACGGUGGUCUCUCCGAGGUCAUGCCCUACCUUGCGCGGCGGGCGGUAGAAAACAAAGCCGUCCUUGGCAAUGGACAAGCGGCGAUCGAGAAGAGGCAGAUGCUGAAUGUUGAGAAGAAUACCGUCGCGAAACCACGCCGCUCUUUCCUGACCAUAAGGCGUGUCGUGGUAGCGUCGGGUGUCACAGUCGCCGCAUUCUCCUUGUCUUCAUCUGGGUUAUUGAGCGAGGACGUCGAAGCCGUUGAUGAUCACCUUACUCUGGAGGACAGACAAAACACGAUGGGCGAGCUCAUCCGCCAGUACGCGGUCUAUGCCAUGUGCUCUUCGCCGACUCUUAUCGACUGGGCCCCCUCGAUUCUGGAGACACUCACGUCGAUCCCGAUAAUCAGAGAGAUAACUGAGGCCGCCGUCUCUCAAACAUUCUUCCUGCAGUUUGUCGGGGGACCAACAACGGACGAAUGUGUCCCUCUGCUCCAACGGCUCCGGAAGGUGAACAUGGGCGUUCUCUUCGCGUACUCUGUCGAAGUCGACGAGGAUAAGGCUUCCGGGCACAAAAAUGGUAGUGAACCAAAAGAGGCCUUGCACAAGCGCAUCGUGAAGGAGAUGAUGCAUUCCAUUGACGUAGCUGGGGACUUCGAGGAUGCCACUGCUGGUACCAAGGUCAUACCAAACCGCAGACGAGCCUGGGUAGCAGUGAAGCUUACAGCCCUAGUACCGGACCACAUCUCUCUCGUGAAUUUCUCCAAAGACCUCACCGUCUCCGCUCAGAAUCGACCGGUUCCCCUUCGUAUGGCUUUUCCCGGCUGUCCUCGUUCGGGAGAUCUUCAGGCUCUGCAUGUCACUUCGCCAGGCUCGGACUCGUACAUGACUGCCGCCGAUCUCGCUGCUUUGACGGAACUCCAUCAAGAUUUGAGAACCAUCUGUGCUCAUGCUCAGACACGGGGAGUGCGUAUCAUCAUUGACGCUGAGUAUUCGUGGUACCAGCCUGCCGUAGACGCCCUCACCUUGGCGCUGAUGCGCGAGUUCAAUCGUCUACCAAGCUCGGAGCAAGAAGCCGCACAUUUGGCGACACCACUGGUCUACAACACUUUCCAGGCUUAUCUUCGUCGGACUCCGACAUACUUAGCGCAAUCUAUUCAAGACGCUCGAACCGGCAACUACGCUCUGGGUGUGAAGCUUGUUAGAGGCGCAUACCAUGAACAGGAGAACGAGGCUCACGAACAGCUCCGCACUACAGGUGCAUCACACUCGAUCUCACCCGAUCCUUUCCCGCCCGUAUGGUCUUCGAAGCUGGACACGGACGCCAGCUAUAACGCGUGUGCACGGCUGCUUUUAGACACCAUCGCGCAGGAUAUCGCAGUCUCGCGAGAUCUGUCAGAGACGCGAUGGCUCCCUGCUUUCGCUAGACAACGGCGUAUCAAAACGCCAAGCAUCGCCGUGCUUUUCGGCUCCCACAAUUGGGACUCCAUCAGAGAUAUCCUUGGGGGACUCGAGGAAGCUGGACUGGCUAAACCAAUAGGCAAAUUCCCCGCUUAUGAGAAGCCGGACGGUCAGCUUUUGCCCGAAGACACCGUUCUUGAGCUUCCGGACGACGUCGCGGAGCGCAUUACCAUCGGUCAACUAUAUGGCAUGGGCAACUCUCUUUCCAACUAUAUCGUCGCACGAACGCGCAGUUCGACGCCCGUUGUCCUGAAGUACAUCCCGUAUGGUUCUCUUGCGGAGGUGAUGCCGUAUCUGGCACGCCGAGCCAUCGAGAAUAAGGCCGUGCUCGGGAAUGGCCAAGCCGCCAUUGAGAGAAGACAAGCAUGGCGGGAGAUUCGCAAGAGAGUAGGAAUAUGA